GCCCCCGUUCUCUCUCUCUCUCCGUGCAUCAUGGCGGAGCGAAGCGUCCCGGAGGGCUGUAUGGACAACACUUACCCCGCGUCGACUGGGGGGGAAGGGAAGAUGAAGGAGAAGUUCGAGAAGGUGACAGAGAAGGUGGUCAUGGAUGAGAAACCGGUGAUAGCUGGAAUCGAGGUGGCCAAUCCGAACCCUCUGGGCCUGACAGCCUUCGCCCUGACGGCUUUCACCAUGUCCAUGUUCACUGCGGGUUUGCUGCCGGAGUCUGUCAGCAACGUGGGCUUGUCGAUGGGCUACUUCUUCGGCGGGGCGGGCAUGCUUCUUGCGGGGUUGUGGGCGUUCUUUGCACGCAGCACCUUCGGCGCCACGGCCUACUGCUCCUACGGCUUCUACUUCCUGUCGUACACCUACUACAUGGUGGAGAUGGAGAAAGACGCGGCCAACCCCGACAAGACCCACGUGGCGCUGGGCGUGUUCCUGCUGGGGUGGACCAUCUUCACGAUCUGCAUGACCAUCAUCUCCUACAGGACGUUCCGCGCUCUGUUCAUCAUGUUCGUCUUCCUGACGCUCGAUUACUUCUUCAACAUGCUGGGCGCAUGGGCGGACUCGAAGCGCACCACCAGGGCGGGAGGCUGGUUCGGCCUGCUGGCUGCCGCGUCGGGGCUGUACUGCGCCAUGGGAUUGGUAAUCAUCGACACGUGGAAGGAGGAGGUCUUGCCACUUGGAUACUACAAGCCUUAGACUUACUAGACUCUCAUUUAUUCUCUAGAAAGACCGGAUUAGUUCCCUGUGAACUUCUGCGAAACUGCCGAGAAACUUCCGCGAAACG